UGAAAACAUUGCAAUCGGGUCUUAAAGCAGCUGAAAUAUUUUAAUUUUCGAGAAUUUUCAUUUUUCAUCUAAAAAAAUAUGGACGGAACAGCCGAAGAUUACGAAAACUCGUACCCGAAAUUUCUCGAUCGCUACGUUAGUUCGUCUCUGGAUUUACUUUUUCCAACCAUGGAAUGGUCCGACGAGGAUAUUGUUUUGGACAUCGGAUGCGGUCCAGGAAAAACCACCAAAAAUAUUCUUUUACCAAAAUGCCCAAAAGUGAAGAAAAUCGUAGCUAUCGACAUCGUACCGAAUUACAUCGAGUAUGCCAGAAAAACAUAUUUCGACCAGAAAAUAGAAUAUAAGACUCAAGAUAUCAUUCAAAGGAUCGAUUUAAAAGAAAUUGGAAAAUAUGACAAAGUCUUGUCUUUCUACGCCUUGCAUUUUGUAAAUGAUUUUAAGACGUUGUUUUCUGCUGUUUCCUCAUUAAUGAAGCCAGGAGGAUAUUUCUUCUUCGUUCUUAUUACAAAAUGUCCUAUGUUUUCUAUCGUACGGGAGCUAAGUACCCACCAAGAAUGGAUGAAGUAUAUAAAGACCGACGAGAUUCUUGCUUCGUUUGCAUUAAACCAGAGCUGUAAGGACUUAGAAACUGAAUUUAAUAAUUAUCUUUCCAAGUUUAAUUUGAAAGUAACAAAAAGUAAACUGGAAGUUAAGGACGUGACAUUUUCUGACGAAAAGAACUUUUUAGAUAUAACUUUUAGUGUAUUACCUAAAGUAAUUUUCGAGAAAAUGGAACCAGAAGUUAAGCAUCGCCUUUUGAAGCAGGCCAAGCCAAUAAUGCUCAAAUAUGGUUUUCGAGAGUCGGAUGGUCAAAUUUCAUAUCCUUACGAAUUUUUGCAAGUGUUUGGAGUGAAGCAAAUGUAAAGAAAUAUAUAAGUAUAAUUUAUAUUCCGUGUUAUUUGUACAGUCGACUGUAUCAAAUUUCAUGCUGUUACAAGAGUCGAUUAAUUAAUAAGUAUUGUUUUUGGGUAAAAUUAAUUUGGAAAGAAGUAAAAUAAUGUGACUCGUCUUAAAUAAAAAUAAAAAUCAUUUGUUAUAAUAAAAAGUAUUCAUUUUCAUCCAAAAAUAACUACAUUGAGUCACACAUUUGCUUAAACGUUGAAUAAUCCGGGAGAAUAUCCAGGGGUGGAGUGUUUAUGGUGCAGCAGUACCGCCUCAAUGACAAAGCAGUUUUGUUAUUGUUUUUUAAAUGAAAAUAAAUAUAACAACAGACAUUGCAUAACAUCAAUGCCAGAAAGUAAUCGCAUACAAACAAAAUUUUAACUGAUAAUUCUGGAAAGAAUAAUUCGAAAAUUGUGGAGCACUGACUAAAGAUAAUUACGUACAUAAAUUCAAAAUUAUCGAUUUAACAAUUUUAAUAAGCUAAAUUAAAAAUGUUAGACAAAUAAGGCCUACUGAAAUAUCGACAUUUCUGUUAAUUUUGGAGCCUGAAGUCUGACUGCGUUAGAACAUGGACGGAAAUAAAGCCAGGAAAAACCUGUAGCUUGAAAUUUUUAAGAGUACACACGUAUUUGUAAAAUCUAAGUGACUCGUACAACAUGGAAUUCAUAUAUAACAAAAUUAUCAACAGUGUUAUAAGGGGUCGACUGUAAUCGUUUUCUGUAGUGAAAUUCGAUAUUACAUUAUUACUGUACAAAAAUGGCGGUUCUUCUGUUCUUACAAUGAAAAUACGUCUGUUGAGUUUUGCCAAUGCUUUUUAUUAGAUAAUUAUUAAAUACCCCUAUUUACUAUUUAACAAUAAUUUUGAUUAAUAUCAUUACUGUGAUGAGAAUGUAAAAGAUUAAGAAAAAUAAAAUUAAACUUGUAAAAUAA